AUCGAACGACCCAACACAGAGCGAAAGUCAAAGUCAAUUCGCGACGACACGACCAAUGACGAACGUCCCAUCGACGGCGGUCGAUAUACUACUCCUCAAUUAACUUUACUAUCUCCAUAGUAAGUCGGUCGAUCGGUCGGUCGGUAGUAUCCGCGUGUGUUGUGCUCUAUUGAUAACCGAUUAUCGUGUUGAUUGUGGUGAUAAGUGCGCGCGAAGUGUGCCGAUCUGUUGUGUGGGAACGUGGCUUAUCGCGAGUGAUUCGGCUGAAUUCCAGAACAUAGCGGUAAAACUCGGAUUUCCGUGCUAGAGCUGCUGGCUGCCAUCGCUAUCGAGUGACUUCAAUCCAAGUGAGCCAAUUGGACGAUGACGACGACGCGUUCGAUGUGAACGACUACCGGGACGUCAUCAGCAGCACCGCAUCUUCCCACCAGCUUCCAUCGGUCCUCCUCCACCAGCAGCAGCAGUCUCCGCUCCUCCUAACCUCGACCGGUUCGCUCGAUUACGACUUCUACGAGGACAUGGACGAGCGAGACAGCAUCUACCUGGACGCGGUGUCGCUCAAUUCGGACGGACCGAGCGCUCGCAAGUCCCUGUACCUUUCGCGCCAAACCGUGUACCACUCGGCGGAGGAACUUCCGCUGGACGGCUCUGGCGCCAUCACAUCACCGCCACCAGAUGGAACCCUACGUAGCAUCAAAACCACCACCGAGUCGCUGCUGAACGAUUCCCGCGCCAACGGAGGCCUUCCGAAUCUGCCGUACGAACCGCGACCCGGCGGUGGUUCCUCAUCCACGUUCGGCGGUGGUAUCCUGAAGCGGCCCGGCCUCACAACGAAAUACAACGAAGAGGUGCCAAGCACUAGUCCUCUUUUAGAAAAAGCACUAGACAGCUCUCAUCCCGACCAGACGACGACGACGACAACGACCAAUACCAACAACUACAACAAUCAGACCACAAACGCUAGCACUAACAACAACCGACGAGGACAACCAGAACUGCAUCCGACAACCUCCGAUCGCGGUAGUAAGCAUGAGCCCAGACAGAUAGUUACAUAUUCGCUGUGGAAAGCGCGGACGUGGAACCGCUUCCAGGAUGGCAAACGGAUGGUCGACUUCGUCCUGGCCUACAACGGUCAGGACCAGAGCGAAGAUAUGGCCCGCAAGAGGGCCACCUUCCAGCAGAACCUCCAGGCCGAGGGCCUGGAAAUCGAACCGGAAUGUUCACAGCGAAUCCAUUUCAUCAAAAUCCACGUCCCCCAGGAGGUUCUUUCGCGGUACUGCGAAAUCAUGCGGAUGCAGAUGCCAACGGCGAAACUGCCCGGACAGGACAACAUCGCACCGAAGGACUUCAGCGUGAGCGGACUGCUGGUCAAGCUGUUCCGGAGGCCGCUGUUCAGCUUUGUGAUCAUCGAUCGGGACAAGUUCCGGAAGAAGGAAUACCAGCUGCAGCACGAGUAUAGUAGGGAUAAGGCGUACCUGUUUGACGACGGACAGCCGGAUUUUUUCACUCCGAGCAUCCGGAUAGCGGUGGCGCAUUUUAUUCUGGAACGGACGUAUUUUAACGUAGGGGAGGAGAACAAGUACGAUAUUGGACUGAGGAAGUUGCUGAACGACGGGGUUUAUCUGGAUGCGUAUCCGCUGCACGAUGGGAACACGGAUAUGCCGGAGGUGGAGUGCCAGAGGACACUGCUGCUGCAGGAGUGGGCUUCCGUGAUCCGGUGGAUCAAACACCAGCCGUUGGAUCACAUCAAGGAGUACUUCGGGGUGAAGGUCGCCAUGUACUUCGCCUGGCUUGGGUUCUACACGCACAUGCUGAUAUGGGCUUCGAUAGUGGGACUGUUGUGCUUCUUCUAUGGGUUGUUGACCUUCCGGGACAACCGGAUCAGUCAGGACAUCUGCAACGACAACAGUACGAUUAUGUGUCCCCAAUGUGACGCGAAGUGUGACUACUGGAGGUUGAACGACACGUGUAUGACCUCGCAGCUGGCGCACAUCUUCGACAACAACUUUACGAUCGUGUUUGCGGUGUUCAUGUCGAUCUGGGCAACUCUCUACCUGGAAAUGUGGAAACGCUACUCGUCGGCCAUCCAGCACCGGUGGGGCAUUACAGAUUACUGCUCGCUGGCGGAGCCUCCCCGGCCGCAGUACCUGUCCCGGUUGAAGGACAGCAAGAAGACGAUCUUCAACAUUAUUACCGGGACGCAGGAACCGUCGCCGCCAUUUUGGACGAAAAAGUUGCCCAGUUUCCUGUACAGCUACUCCGUGAUAUUUCUGUUUAUAACCCUCGCCAUCGCGGCCGUUUUCGGUGUCAUAAUCUACCGGAUGUCGCUGAUGACGUCCCGCAACAUCUACGGUGACCCGGAUGCCGUCUCGACCAAACUGCUGCUGCUCCCGGCGACGGCAGCCAUCAUCAACUUGAUCGUAUCGACGAUCCUCAACUUUGCGUACGACUACGUGGCCGUCUACAUGACCGACAUCGAGUACCGGCGGACGCAGAGCGAGUACAACGAGAGCCUGAACCUCAAGAUCUACCUGUUCCAGUUCAUCAACUACUACAGUUCGAUAUUCUACAUCGCGUUCGUGAAGGGGAAGUUCCCGGGCUAUCCGGCGAAGUACAAUCGGAUCUUGACGCUUAGACAGGAGGAGUGCAGUCCGGGCGGAUGCCUGAUGGAGCUGUGCAUUCAGUUGGCUAUCAUCAUGAUCGGCAAGCAGAUCAUUUCGUUGAUCCUGGAGAUUCUGGUUCCGUUCCUGUUGCAGAAGUUCCGCGAAUUCCGAAGCGUGCUGGGGAUCGAAGCGGAGGACUCGGAGAAUGGCGAGAAGCUGAUCUGCUGCAACCAGUGGACCAAGGACUUCACUCUGAUCAGCUGGACCGAUCGGAGUCUGUUCGAGGAAUAUCUGAAGAUGAUCAUCCAGUAUGGAUUCAUCACGAUCUUUGUGGUAGCCUUCCCGUUGGGACCGUUGUUCGCACUGCUGAACAACGUGUUCGAGACCCGACUGGACGCGAAGAAGUUUUUGCUGUACUACAAACGAGCGGUUCCGCAGCGGGUGCGAAGCAUCGGCAUGUGGUACAACGUGAUGCACGUUGUCGGAAAGGUGGCGGUGAUAUCUAGCGCAUUCAUCAUCGCCUUCUCGUCCAACUUCAUCCCGCGCCUAGUCUACAUGCACGUCGUCAGCUCGGACAGAACCGACCGGGGCUACCUGAAUCACACGCUGGCCUACUUCAAUGUCAGCGACUUCGAACCGGGUGUGGCCCCCGUCGCGUCCAAGUUUGAAAACGUCACCGAGUGUCGGUACCACGAGUACCGGAAUCCACCGGGAGUGGACCGAGCGUACAAACGGCCGCUCAUCUACUGGCACAUCCUGGCCAUCCGAUUGGCCUUCGUGGUCAUCUACCAGAACGUGGUCAGCUUCGUGCAGAUUGUGGUGGCGUGGGCCAUCCCGGACACCCCGGGUCGGCUCCAGGACCAGAUCAAGCGGGAACAGUACCUCACCAAUGAGUUCAUCAUCCAGCAGGAGAAGCUGAAGACGCGGGAGCGGAAAUGUGGCCGCAAUGGGAGCUCGCUGAAGCGACGGAAUGGCUCGCUGGCACGGCAGCAGAGCAGUCUGGACGAAUACGGGACCACGGUGAGCCUCACGGAAGAGGAAGGCGAAGACGAGAACUACAUUCGACGAAGGCCCAACGGAGGCGCCGAUCCGUACAAUCACGAUCGCUUCCAGGAGUGCGAGAUUGUCACGUCCAGGGUUUAGGAGCGAGGCGGACCCAAGGGCUCGAAGUACGGGCUAGGACCAAACUGGACUCGAGGAUUCAACGGUAACUAUUUUCUCGAUUUUUGAACUAUCUUUACACUGCGACCGUACUGAUCGAAUGCCUACGUUUCACGUUUUGAGGGGCAUUUCGUUUUGCGAAGCUUUACCUACUAAACAUACAAGCGCAACAGCUGGAGAUGUAGCUAAAAUUUAGGUAGCUAUUGUGUAAGCGCAAAACCCUUUUAUUCCUACUAAGAGAAAUUGUAUUGCAUGAGUAAGAGGAACAAACCUACCAACACAGCACUUAUUUAUUACACUAGGAAAACCAACCAAUAAACUAUAUUUUCAAUUUUACAUUCUCGAAUCUAA